UGUCUGCUGAAGGGGGGCCUGGCAGCGAACGCCCAAUAUUUAAGUACCGAUUUAUAAACAAAUCAGACUCUUUGCUUUGGCUAAGAAACAUUGUCUUGGGAAAAUGUCUGUAAAGAUCGGUGAGGCUGGAACCAUCAUCAGUACUUAGACAGAAAUUAAUAUCCAUGACCGAAGUUAACCUAGCCUCGUGCUGAUUAAUGGUAAAACAGGCGAAGCUAUGGCACAUAGGGCUGAGCAAAGGGCUGGGCGAAGUCUUUGCUAACCUAAACAACUUCGGAGGUUCUGUGCAAACUGAAUAUGUGGAAAAAGUAGUCCAUGGAUACCAAAUCACCUGAGCCAGUUCAAAACCGGCCCAAUCGUCAUGUUAUUUGUAUGGUGUCAGAUUUCUUUUACCCAAAUGUGGGAGGAGUGGAAGAACACAUUUUCCAGUUAUCACAGUGUCUCUUGGGCCGUGGCCAUAAGGUCAUUGUCAUGACACAUGUUUAUGGAGAUCGUCGAGGAGUUCGUUACAUGACAAAUGGGCUUAAGGUUUAUUACUUACCCAUACAGCCCUUUUAUAGUCAGUCAGUGCUUCCAACAUUCAUAACAUCCAUUCCCCUCUUACGAAACAUACUGCUUCGUGAGAGAGUAACAAUUGUUCAUGGGCACUCGGCCUUCUCUACAAUGGCACAUGAAGCUAUGAAUUUGGCAAGAGCUAUGGGCUUAAAAAGUGUUUUUACAGAUCACUCGCUUUUUGGCUUUGCAGAUAUGUCUGCUAUAGUAACAAACAAUUUCCUAGCUCUUUCUCUGGCUGAUGUCAACCAUUGCAUCUGUGUAUCAUAUGUAGGGAAAGAAAACACUGUAUUACGAGCAAAUGUUGACCAAGACAAAGUAUCGGUCAUACCAAAUGCAUUAGACACAGAAGUUUUCAAGCCAGACUUAUCACAAAGACCCAAAGAUAAAAUUAAUGUUAUUGUAAUGUCUCGGCUGCAGUACAGGAAAGGAGUUGAUUUACAACCAGCUAUAAUUAAACAUAUAUGUGCUCAGUAUCCUCAGGUUAACUUUAUAAUUGGAGGUGAUGGUCCAAAACGCAGCAUCUUAGAAGAAGUUCGAGAUGAAGUUGGCAGUGAUAGAUUAAAGCUUCUUGGCCCAGUCCCACAUGCUAGGGUCCAUGGAGUGCUUGUUCAGGGACAUAUAUUCCUCAACACCUCAUUAACAGAAGCAUUUUGCAUUGCAAUUUGUGAGGCUGUUUGCUCUGGUUUACAGGUUGUGAGCACUAAUGUUGGUGGAAUUCCAGAAGUCUUGCCAUCACAUCUGAUUCUUCUUGCCCACCCAAAUGUUCAGAGUUUAACCAAGACUUUGGAAUUUGCCAUCGAAAAGGAAAUAAGUGGAAGGCGAAUGGAUCCAUGGGUCAUGCAUUGGGAAAUGAAAAAUAUUUAUACAUGGCCAGAUGUUGCUCGCAGAACAGAAAUCGUUUACAACAGGGUUCACCUCGAAAAGUCAAGUUCUGAACUAGUGCAAAGAAUACCUAGGUACAAAAAGUGUGGUUUAGUAGCUGGAUGGUUUAUGAUGUUUUUGGUCACAAUACAAUUUUUGCUGUUGAAGAUUUGCGACAGAGUUUGGCCUGCAGAGGAGAUGGAUAUAGCACCGGACUACCCCACAGGAUGUUGUAAGUGGUCAUUUGAAGAAGAAAGGCAACCGUAUGACGACUUAAAUCCCAGUUCAAAUUUUACUCCACCGCAGGCAAGGAGGAGGUUAAGAAUAUAACCAUUGUUUAUGAAAACUAAGAUCAUUUUAAAUAAUACUGUAUAUUGUUUUUAUAUAUUAAUAUAUAAUCCAAGUCAUUUA